AUAAUCAUUGCGCCCUAGGUAUAUCUCACUCUAUAAAUAAACUAUCUUUGAACUAAAAUCAGUGUGCUUCUCUUGCCUGCCCCUCUCUGUACGAAGAAUAUACUAUGGCGGAGAUUGUUGACCAUGAGCUCCACAUAGUGAUGUUCCCAUGGCUGGCCUUCGGCCACAUGAUUCCGUUCAUUGAGGUCGCCAAGCAUAUGGCAAGAAAGGGUCACCGAAUCUCGUUUGUGUCAACCCCCCAAAACAUCGAUCGGCUCCCGAGAAUUUCCCCAGAGCUCACCACCCUCAUCGAUUUCGUGAAGAUCCCACUUCCUGCCGUGGAAAACCUCCCGGAGAAUGCCGAGGCCACCAGCGACCUGACCUAUGACAAGGUCCAAUACUUGAAGAAAGCGUACGACUUACUUCGUGAGCCCAUGACAAGGCUUCUUGAGUCCUUGGCCCCGGACUUUGUCAUAUACGACUUCGUACCUUACUGGCUCGGCCCGAUCGCGAGAAAUCUGGGCAUCAAGACAGCCAUGUUUAGCAUCUACAUAGCUGCAACCUUGGUCUUCACUGGCCCCACCUGGGCCUCGAUGGGUGGCGAUCACAGGAAGAGGCCGGAGGACUUCACCGUGCCUCCAGAGUGGGUCCCGUUUAAGACGCACGUCGCGUUUCCCUAUUUCGCCAUAAAGAGAAUCUUCGAUGCCGUCGAGGGGAAUGCAUCUGGAGUGUCCGACAUGCACCGGUUCGGAGCGGCAGAGGAAGGUGCAGACAUUAUCACCCUCAGGAGCAGCUAUGAGGUCGAGCCCGAGUGGCUGAAGCUGCUUGAGGAACUCCACCAGAAGCCCGUCUUUCCGGUCGGUCAGUUGCCCCCUCCUAGUGCUGGUGAUUGCAACUCAAGAGAUGAAACCAAAUCGUGGCAGCGCAUCAAGCAGUGGCUCGACUUACAGAGGAAAAGCUCUGUGGUUUACGUAGCAUUCGGAAGCGAGGCCAAACCCAGUCAAGAUGAACUAACCAAGAUCGCUUUAGGGUUGGAGAAGUCCGGGCUGCCAUUCUUUUGGGUCCUCAGGACCCAACUCGGCUCCUCCGAUACCGAUAGUGUAAAACUGCCGGAUGGGUUUGAGGAGAGGGUGAAAGGGAGGGGCUUCGUAUGGACGACAUGGGCGCCUCAAGUAAGUAUACUCGCCAACGACUCGGUGGGUGGGAUCCUGACUCACUCAGGGUGGGGCUCCGUGGUUGAGGCACUGUGUUUCGAGAGGGCUCUCAUACUAUUCGCACUCCUCUCGGAUCAAGGGCUCAAUGUUAGGUUUAUGGAGGAGAAGAAGAUGGGGUAUCCGAUCCCGAGGAAUGAGUCAGACGGGUCGUUUACGAGUGACGACGUCGCCGAGUCGCUGAGGCUAGUUUUGGUGGAGGAGGAAGGAAAGGUUUACAGAGACAAGGCAAAGGAGAUGAAGGAGGUGCUGGGAAACCCACAUCUUCAAGAGCAAUACAUGGAUAAUUUGCUCAAUCAUAUGAAAGCAAACAGACCAAUGACAAGAAGCAACAAAUAAUUUCUUGUUUAUAUCAUAAUAAGUCCUUUAAAAGAGGAAAAUAAUAUGUACUUGUGACGUGAAUAAGUUACUCUGCCACUUUACUCUUUUUUUUUUUUUCGGUUACAAUAGGGCGCGUGUGCAAAGUAUAUUGCUAUAAAAGAAUUGUAAUCAGGAGACGUAAAAGAAGUGUCCUUUCUAUUAUUCUGCAUUUACGGAAUUAUAUAUGCCCUCAAAGUACAAUUGGACUAGC